UAGGAGUCAAGUUAAUGAAAGUUGAAGUUGAAAAAUUAAUGGAAUAUAUAUAAAAUAAACUGAAGAAAAAUUUUAAAAAAAAUUUAAUAUGAACGUGACUAAAGAAUGGUUAUGUCACAAAGUCGACUUUGUGAAUUUUGUUAAUAUGUUGAUUUGAGGUAUCGACUUAGUAAGAUACCUCAAGUCGCCAUGGCCAGCCUAAUAAGAACCGCUAUUGUGAAGGUGAUCACCCCCGGCCAGGGGGUUAAGAUCGCUGGUUGUGUCUUCGUCCAGAACCGAAACAUCUCUGGUAAAACCCUACGAGAGUCCAUGGGACCGCAGCCCCCCAAGCCAGCGCCUUUCGACUAUGUCAACAAAGAUUAUUCAUGGUUACGCAGUUUGUUCGACCGUACCACGCACAGGUUCGAUGAUAACACUAAGGUAGUUGUGGUUGAAGGCCCCAUAGCCUCCGGCAAAACCCAGUUCGCGGCCGCCCUCGCCGAGGACCUUGGUAUGAAGCAUUUCCCUGAAGCUACCAUGGAUGUACAUUACAUCAGGCCAAACGGCUGCGAUCUAAGGAUGUUCGACAAUCAAAUCCCUGAAGAUACGCGAACGUUCGACCACGUAAACUUCAACCUUACCCCAGACCACCGCUUGGCAGCCAAUUUCCAGAUUAUGAUGUAUACUGCUCGUUACAGCCAAUAUAUUGAUGCACUGGUGCAUUUACUGAACACUGGACAGGGUGUAGUUUUGGAGAGGUCUCCAUACUCCGACUUUGUGUUUCUGGAGGCGAUGUAUGCUUGCAACUACAUUAGCAAGGGGGCCAGAUCGGUAUAUUAUGAACUCAGGGGUAACACCAUUGAGGAACUCAUGCGCCCCCACCUUGUAGUCUAUCUUGAUGUGCCAGUUGACAAGGUCCAAGAAUCGAUCAAGCGCCGGGCUCUGAAGCAUGAGGUGACUGGAAAAGCACUCAGUCCCAAAUUCCUAACAGAGGUGGAGAGGCAGUACAAGACCAAGUAUCUGAGGGAUAUCGCCACGCACGCCGAGCUCCUCGUCUACGACUGGACUGGUGGUGGUGAAGUUGAAGUGGUCGUCGAAGACAUCGAGCGUCUGAACUUCGACCAGUACACCGAGCGCGAGGAGCCCAAGAUGAAGGAUUGGCGCCUCCCCCGCGAGAUAGACUGGGCCGACCAGCGCAUGCUGUACACCAACAACAAGUUCUUCCUCAUGAACCUGUUCGGCAUCCCGGUGCUUGAUGUGCCAGAAUUGAUUACUAGCGCUGAGGACGCGUAUGAGAGGGAAAAGGUUAUUAGUGCUCACCCAGCCUUCCACUACUUAGAAGGUUACUCCAAGGAUGAUUCGGGCCUGCUCACCAAGAACAAGUUGCCCAAAUACACAGAGUAUAUAUAGAUGUGAAUGAUGGAAGUAGUGUGGUUAAUUUAAAUAAAUUGUAAAUGUUGA